GAUUCCAAACGGCACACCGUUUUCAAGCUUGCCAUCCGAAGGAAAGUUACAGUUCGGCCUGAGAAACUACACGUAGCUUGGCUUAGAUACACUCCUUUUCCGUUCAUCAUCAUGCCGGGCAUGCCCCAUUUCUACCCCUGCUCAACUGAACAAACCAUUUUUCCCUGCACAGUUUUCUCAAGGGAAUAUUUCCAUUACGAAUCUCGAUUCCUACCAUGUUUUUCCAGCGCUUCUGUUUCGGAAUCAGUUCGUCCGCCGUAUCUCGUGCAAGUGUUGUCAGUGAACAACAAACCAGCAGACACGAGAUUUAUUUCGUGCAACAUCGUCAGCGGAAACUACCGCGGGGCCUUCAGCGUCACUGCUGGCAACGACGGCAACUGUGAAUUGAGGACACAAAUGGAACUGGACAGAGAAAGUGUGGAACGCUAUCUACUCAACGUUACCGUAACCGCCGGCAGUGAGACUGAUUUCGCAUUGGUUUCCGUUACCGUACUCGAUGUGAACGACAAUGUGCCACGAUUCAUCUACGACAAUGACCUCGGUCUCACAACGUAUUUCGCUGGUGUCUCGUCGACUGCCCCAGCGUUCACUAGAGUGUUGACUGUCAAGGCCGAAGACUCGGAUCUUGGGAACAGCAGUGUGGUUUUGUACGCUCUCGAUCCGUUGUCGUUGCAUUCAAAAUAUUUCACCGUAAGUCCGACUGGAGAGAUCAGCACCAAACAAAGUAUGACACAGCUGCUGCAGAAGAGCCGCAUCAGCUAUUUCGAGCUGCGGGUUUCCGCAUGUGAUUCACCGAUUGCUGGCCAACAGCUGUGUUCCAAAGCUGACGUCGUCAUCAAUGUCAUCACCGAAGCCCAUCGCUUCCGAAUGAUCACCAGCGGCUUGAAUCCUCAACAACUCAGAGCUCAUGAAAAAGACAUGAUAAAGACUGUACGACAAUUCACUAGCAGCUGCACUCUACUAAGUAUCGAGAGCAUGGCUGAACAACCGUCGACUGAUAACCAGAUACGAACUGACAUCUACUGGUAUGCGGUGAAUCCAAGUACAAGGAAAAUCUGCAAGAAACCAGAAUUCAGGAAGCUCUUUGAAAGUUCAUCAGUUGCGAUGGUGGCAGGAAAGGUACAGCCAUGGUUCCGUCUGGAGAAGAUGUCGAAGAUGUCGAUGAAGACAGCGUCGGGGCUACAGGAAUGCUACCCAGCAACUGGAAAACAGCCAGCAUUGUUGGUCGGCCUAGCGGUUUUGAUAGCGAUCGGCGCUGUUGUGGGUAUCUGCGCAAUUUGUGUGUUUUGGAGCCGUUUCAAGAUUUCUCAGCACAGCGUGCAUUCGUUCAAUCCUCAUGGUUAUCCACAAAAAUUAGGCACCGUCUACCUUCCAAACGCUCCGAAUGAUCCCCGACUUGACAAGAUCUAUGAGACUCAGAUACUGGAGAUGCCGAUUUCUGACGAGGAUAUGACAUUGAAGAGCAAACUCGUUGGGAGGUGGCCGCCUAGGAAAUGGCUACGCGUUGCUUACGAAGGAGACUUCAGCAUUGAGGAGAACAUGUACGCACUCAACGUUCCCGGUCGAAUUGAUCCUGUUACGAAGAGGAUUCAGAGCAUCAUGAUUCCGGCACCAGACUAUCCCAUAUCCUAUCGCUCAGCUGGAUCCACACAACACAACAAAAGCCUUUUAUAA